AUGGCACUCUUCUUGUUUUACUGUCUAGCUUUGGGCUUCUUUAUCUGCUUUGCUCUGUUAAAAAGGAAUGAGAUAAGGUAUAGAGGGAAACGGUUGCCACCAGGAACAAUGGGGUGGCCUCUUUUUGGUGAAACUGUAGAAUUUCUCAAAGGAGGACCUUCUUUCAUGGAGAACCAGAAAGCAAAGUAUGGAAGUGUUUUCAAGUCCCACAUAUUAGGUUGUCCUACCAUUAUCUCUACGGAUGCAGGGCUCAACAGAUAUAUCCUUAUGAAUGAAGGAAAAGAAGGGCUUGUUCCUGGCUACCCGAAGUCCAUGCUAGAUCUUAUAGGGAAGGCCAACGUUGCUGCUGUGCAUGGUUCUGCUCACAAAUUCAUUAGAAUGUCACUGCUAUCUCUUAUUGGUCCUUCAGCAAUUAAAGAUCAGCUUUUUCCAUAUAUUGAUAAGUUCAUGAGACUUUUUAUCGACAAUUGGGAUGGCAAAAUUAUUGACAUUCAGGAAAAAACCAUCGAGAUGGCAUUUUACAUAACCUUCAGGCAGAUUGUGGAAUCUGAAUCAGAUAUAGUCUAUGGAACUUUCAAAACGGAGUUUGAUAAGGUAGCAACAGGAACACUUUCAUUGCCUAUCAGCAUUCCAGGCACAAAUUACUAUGAGGGGUUAAAGGCAAGGAAGAGACUCAUCAGAAUCUUGAAGCAAAUUAUGGCAGAGAGGAGAGUUUCUCUGAGAAAUCAUAAUGACAUGCUUGCUGAGCUUCUAGGAAACGAAAAUACCAAAUAUAAUCUAAACGACGAGCAGAUAUAUGAUCAAGUAUUUACGCUUUUGUAUUCAGGUUAUGAAACUGUCUCCAUUACAACGAUGAUGGCCAUUAAGUAUCUCCAUGAUCAUCCCAAAGCUCUUCAAGAACUUAGAGAAGAACAUUUAGCAAUACGAGAAAGAAAAAGACUGGAGGAUCCAAUUGACUGGAACGACUACAAGUCUAUGAGUUUUACCCGUGCUGUGAUCCUUGAAACCUCGAGGUUGGCCACCGUUGUGAAUGGUGUACUGAGGAAGACAACACAAGAUGCAGAAUUGAAUGGAUUCAUCAUUCCAAAAGGCUGGAGAAUAUAUGUUUACACAAGGGAGCUCAACUAUGACCCACUCCUCUAUCCAGAGCCUUUUACGUUCAAUCCUUGGAGAUGGCUGGGCAAGAGCUUGGAGUCUCACGGCCACUUCUUCUUAUUUGGAGCAGGAAUCAGGCUGUGUCCUGGAAAGGAGUUGGGAUUAGUCAAAAUUUCUACAUUCCUUCACUAUUUUGUUACUAGAUACAGAUGGGAGGAAGUUGGAGAAUGCAAGAUCUUAAAGUUCCCAAGAGUUGAAGUACCAAAUGGGUUGCACAUAAGGGUAUCAAAGUACUAA